AGAAAGAAGUUACUCCGUAUUAUAAAGCACAGCACUUAUAGGUGGUGGUACAAUGUACAAUCCAAAAUACCUCAGGUAGUAGAGUUAGUAAGUUUCAGUGGGGAUAGUGCUUUCAAGAAGGGUUUGAGCAUCCAGGCGACGUGCUGGAUCAGAAUUCAACAUCUCAAAUAACACUUGUAUCAGAUACUCAGACAUUCUGUUUUGUAGAGGAAAUGAUCCCUCACUCUUUAUUUGACAAAAGAUCAUCUACUUUUCUUCCUACGUGUCCAUUAGAUAUAUAAGCUUAAACAUCACCAAGGCCAGUGCAUAGAUAUCACUUACCCUUGUGACGAUUCCAACUUGCUCAUUCAAAGGUGUUUUGUUAUUCCAAUGUUUCAUCUGUUUUAUUAUCUCAUGUGCCUUCUAGUGCCAUACACCCCCUAUCAAACAUUGUUUCCUUUCUUCUACCACUUCAAAAUAAUAAAAGUGAUAUUCUAUUGAUUAUGGUGACUUGAAGUGAUUCAAGUAUCCUCUUUUGAUUCUAUUUCCUGAUUGAGAAAUUUUAUUACUAUGAUGAUGAUUACCUUGAUUUACGAGUUGAGAUUACCAUGAUUACCUUGAUUUACGGGUUGAGAUUACCCUGAUUACUGUGGACAACAAUUUGCAAUCAAAGUCAUUUCCUUUUGUGAUCAGUGCGAGAAUGAUAUAUUACUUUUACUACAACCAUUUUAACUUGUUCAUCAUGCUUGGCCUUUUUUUCAUUUCUCCUUUUUUAACAGAGAAAUCAUGACCCUAUUCCAAAUAAAUCUAAACAUGAUGUGAUGCUACAAGGAAAGCACUUUUUUUCAAAAUAUAUAAAUUCAAUGACUCAAUAUUCUUAUUGAGAUUUUUGUUCUGUUGAAGGCAUGGGUGGAGACCACUGUUCCAGGUUUCGUAACCUUAACUGAAAUGGAGAAAAUAAAGAUGGAUUUUAAUGCACUUCCAACACAAAUUCUGUAUUUGUUCUUGGAAGAAUGUGAGUGGUAAGACUCCAUCUACAAGAACAUAUAUUAAUAUUAUCAUCUGCCAACUUAGAAUGUAAUCUUAGUAUUAACAAUAUUUCCUUUAAAUGUCAGCAAUUUGGCUGAUUUGUCUUCAUCCAAGGAGUAUUAUGUGAUGCAGAUUUUUCAAGAUUGUGUUAAUGGUAUGGCCUUUAUUAAUUCCAAAAAUCUAGUCUAUUGUGAUAUAUCUUUGAACAACAUAUUCAUUGGUUUUAGUGGAAAAGCAAAUAUAGGAGAUUUUGGUUGUGACAUAUCGCAAUGGACCAAAUUUUUGGAAUAAAUAAAGGUCAUAUCAUUAAGACAAUCUUGAAAAAUCUACAUCACAUUAUACUCCUUGGAUGAAGAUAAAUCAGCCAAAUUGCUGGCAUUCAAAGAAAUUAUUAGUAAUACUAAGAUUACAUUCGAAGUUGGCAGAUGAUAAUAUUAAUAUAUAUUCAUAUAGAUGGAGUCUUACCACUCACAUAGUCACAUUCCUCCCAGAGAAAAUACAAGUGUGUUGGAAGUGCAACACAACUCAUGCUCAUUUCCCCCAUUUCUGUUAAGGUUACAAACCAUGGAACAGUGUUCUCCACCUAUGCCUUCAACAAAACAAAAAAUCUGGAUAAAAAUACUGAGUCAUUCAAUUUAUAUGUGUUGAAAAAAAAGUGUUUGCCUUGUAACAUCUAAUUAUGUUUGGAUGUAUUUGGAAUAGGGUCCUGAUUUCUCUGUUAAAAAAAUACAAAUGAGGGAGAAUUGAAAAAAGACCAAGCAUGAUAAACACGUUAAAAUGGUUGUACUAACGAGAAUAUAUCAUUCUCGCACUAAUCGCAAAAAGGAAUGACUUUGAUUGCAAAUUGUUGUCCACUCAGUUUGCUCUUACACUAAUAAUCAAUUCCCCCACCACCACGACCUGUUUAUAAAUUGCACAAUAUAUAGUACAUAUACAAUUAAUUACAUAGUAUCUAACAACCAUGCUUUAUUUAAGGCAAUCACGGUAAUCUAUAAAUCAAGAAUCUCACAGUAAUUAGAUUCUACACCAUUAAUUACGGUAAUCAAAAGAGGAUACCUAAAUCACUUUAAAUCACAAUAAUUAGGGUAAUCUCAACUCGUAAAUCAAGGUAAUCAAGGUAUUCUCAACUUGUAACUCAAGGUAAUCAUCAUAGCAAUAGAAUUUCUCAAUCAGGAAAUAGAAUCAAAAGAGGAUACCUGAAUCACUUUAAAUCAUCGUAAUCAAUAGAAUAUCUAAAUCACAAUAAAUCACGACGAUGAAUAGAAUCAUGUUAAAUUACGGUAAUCAAUGGAAUCGCGAUAAAUCAUGAUAAUCAAUAGAAUCUACACCAUAAAUCACGAUAAUCAAUAGAAUAUCUAAAUCAAGAUAACAGUAUCCAAAUCAUGAUAAUCAUCAAUCUCUAAAUUAAAUCAGAUUGGAAAUCAAGGUAAUCGCAUCUCUCUCGACUAGUAAAUCACGGCACCUAAUUCCUCCACAGUUUGUCUAGGCUUAAGACCAGCCCUAACCCUAGUCCUACCCACCAAGACAACCCCAAGACCAGCCCUAGAAUGGAGCAUUAAGAGCUAGACAACUAAACCCAAGGUAUCACUAUAACCCAACCAACUAGAUUAUAUAAUGACACCAUGUUAAAAGGCGAGAAAGUAGGAAUCAAGGAUCAAUUUGACUUGAACUAACCGUUGGGCACUAUUUCUGUCUCCCUUAGUAAAAUGUGCCCACGGAAGAACAUAUUCUCAUUGAUAAUGAGGUCUACAUAGUUCAUUUGAUCCUAACAAACACAUGUAGUCUCAAUUAUCGUACAAAACCUACUCUUCUAACAUACGCCUUUCAGAUUAAAACAGAUUAAUUUCAUUUCUAGCUUCAACACAGAAUUCGACUCAUAGAAUUACACCCAAAACCAAGGAAUACGCUACUACUCACUCAUCACAGUUUCACAAUCAGCAAAAUAACCAAAGAUUGAGCAUUUAAACUUCAUUCCAACCCUAAACAGAUGAUUAAUCUCAAUCAAUAUGAUCCAGAUGCAAUUCUCGUGAUACUGUAAUAGCUAAGAUCCGAAACACACAACCCAAACAAAACGAAAAUCCAAAAUUGAGAGUUAGAAACAUGUAAUUUAACCUUCUAAACUUCAGGAACCAAAUUAUAAAGAUCUAAAAUACCUAUCAUGGAUUAUACCUUUGAACACCAUAACUAUCAAGUUUCGGAGGUGGACCUAUUUGGAGGUAUGAUGCACGUCAGACGUUAGCUCUCGUCUCCCUCACUCGCCGGGAAGCGCAGGCGAUGGGGAGUUUUGUCACCGACGAAAACCUCGAGAUCGCUAUCUCUCCCUCUUAGUAUAAUCGCGAUUGGGUUUGAGAAUGACCGACCUUAUCCCUUUUUAUCUCUUUUUAAUCUUCUUUAAUUUAACUUAAUUAAUUAAGGUCAUAUUC